UUACGUCGAAUGCUCUAGUUUGCCCGAGUCAACGCUCAGCGAUGCUGGCUAGAUCUGGAAUGUGGAAGAUGACUCACAUAUGCGCCAGGUUAUAAAUACACACAUAAGGUUCAUUAUAUUGAAUGAAUCAUAAACAAAACUUUCUAAAAUAGCCAGACAAACUAAUUGAAUCGAACGAACAGUCACGGAAUUAUCUUUGUCCCGAGAACUUUUUCUCGGAACAGUGUUCGGGUACGAAUGGAGACGACGUAGUACGGACAAGAUUGAUUUAUCAGCAGAAUUUGUUGGGGACUGUCACCAGCAGUGCAAUAUUCCAGUGAAGAAGGCCCAAGAAAUCUGGUCCCACUGACCAUACAGUGACCGUCUUCUGACCAGUAAUCACAGUUAAUAUGAAACUUCAGCCGCUGUUGUUUGACGCGAGUGCUAUGUACGGCCAUCCAGGACUUGCUAUGCCGACCUGGGGUCAGUGGUCACAGCCAAUCACAGCGGCCCCUGUGUCCCGCCAGCCUUACCAGCGACUCAGAGAAUACACUGUGCCGGAGGUAUCGCAGGAGAUUUCCGCAGAUUUCUGGGAACCUGUUGUUCCUAAUUCUAUCUUAGACUCAAAUGAGAUUUCUCGGACUAGUGAUGACCAUAGGUCAAGGCCUAGGUCAGGUGUUGAACAUUCGAUACCGAUUAAGAUUGAACAUUUAACAACAGGAAGGUCAAGGAUGUCUGGUAUGUAUGACGAUCGUGUUUGUGAAUACAAUCAGACAUCUGAUUAUGAUGAUUAUCAUCAGGACCGAAGUCAGAGAGGUUCACAUGUCAGCCCUCUCGACGACGACAGAACUAAUUCAAACAGCAAUGCUAAUGGAGAAAGAUUAAAAACUAAUGAGUAUACAAGGCGUACAAGGUCGAGUGAUGAAAGUGAAAGAACUCUCCGGUCCAGGUCAGAUUUAUAUAACAGAACUUCUAGAUAUGGGUCAAGGCCAUCGGACAGGUAUGUGGCUAGUGAUAUAGAGGCUAGACCGGAACGAUCCCGGGAAGAUCUCAUAUGUACAGGCCUCCAGAGGCCAUAUGAGUCGUCGAGUAAGUGUGAUUAUGAGGAUAUUGAUGCUCAGAUAGCAGCAUCGUAUGGCUAUGACAUGGGAAAGGAAGAGAAUGAUGUUGAACUCAAAGUUGACUUACCAAAGUCCCCGGGCAGUAGUACCCCUAUUCUCUCCAAACUAAGGACGUUGAGGUCAUCUAACAUGUAUAUCAUCCUUGAUAAUGAGGAAGAGGAGGAAGUCAGAUCUUACAAAAAGACAAAUCCGUCUCUAAAAAAGAGUGAUAACCUGUCAGGAAUUCUUAACUCUAGAGGUGAAUUUUAUGAUUUGUGUGAUGAAGAUUGUGAGUGCCAAAAACUAGUUGUCAAUCUACCCCCUCCCAAGGCUAAGGUCACAACCCCUACAAAGGAAUCUUCUGAAACUCCAAAAGAAAAUCUUGCCAAGACACCUUCAGAUAAUCGUAACAUAUCUGCCCCUCCGAGUUACCCAGCCUAUAAAAUUAUUAGAAAAGUCAUCAGCAGCUUUGGAGGCAUUGUCGAUUACAUCCGGGGCGAUGGAAAUUGUUUCUUUCGUGCUCUCAGCAAAGUCAUUUACGGAGUGGAAAGUUGUCAUGGUGAGAUUAGACAGGCUAUGGUUGACAUCAUGGAAAAAUUCCCGAAAGAUUUUGAACAAUUCAUCGACAAUCGUUCCAUAGAGGAUCACUUUCAAGAGAUGAGGAAGGAUGGUGUCUGGGCUACACAGGCGGAGAUAUACGGAGCUGCCUCGUUUCUCCAGCGUGACAUCUACAUUCUGUCCCCUGACCACACGGGGGACGAGUAUCGUUGGUUACUGUUCUCGCCUCGCCUAAAGUGUUCCAAGGUCGACUCCUACCAUACAUGUCAUGUGACUCUCUGUCAUACCAAUGGCAACCAUUACGACAGGAUCGCUCCGGCAACUGGCGAGUGUAACUGUGGAGUGGCGCCUCCUAUUUUAAAUGGAACAAACCUACAGGUGGAUUUGACCUCUGGGACAGAGGAAGUUGUUUAAUUGUUACCGAGCACAGACCCCCCCCCAACAUCCAACACCACAUCACUUCAGACCUGGCAGUGUUCCUGCUGGAGUAACAGCUACUGAACCAGAGUCAUUAGAUAACUCCACACACAGGCGUUCAUUGUCUACAGAGUUCUAGGUUUACUUGGUUAUCUUCAGUUUGAGGCGUGCUCGGC